UUGUUAUUCGACAAUAUUUUUUUGUGCAUUCUUCRUUACAAUACAAUCGUCGUUUCACGUUUGCGUAUGUCAUGUCACGGAUUCCAAUACAUUUCUAGUAGACCGGCGUGUGUUCGUUUUGUCGGUGAUCAUUACACCAAAAUUCUACAAGUAUUUAUCGUAGCCAACUAUAACCAUGAACCCCAAUCAAYAUUACUCGGASAAYUCGUACUUUGUAUCUGAUGACAAUCUCAACUUCCAYGCCGGUUCGUAUCCYAGCUAUGAUCAGAGUUUUGACAGCUAUUCGCAACCAGCCCAGUUGAACAAGCCAAGUGCCUCGUCAUGGCAGGCUGCACCUACUACGAACUUCACCGGUGAGGAAGACGAACCUCCUCUGCUUGAAGAGCUGGGCAUCGACCUUAACAAAAUCAUCAUUCGCCUGAUGCACUCGCUGGACCCGACCGGCAAGUGUGGUGUCGUGCUUGGUGAUUAUGACGUUAUCGGACCGAUUGCAUUAUACCUGACGUACACGUCGUUGUUACUGUUGGCUGGCGGCAAGCUUAUGUUCAGUUACAUAUAUGGAUUGGCYGUGUUAACGUCGGUGUGCAUGUAUGGCUUACUCUGGGCUAUGACUGAUUCAUCUGAAGUCACAUUGACGUCUACGUUUUCUGUACUGGGCUACUCUUUUACACCUGUUGUACUGGUGGCGUUGCUUGCCGUGUUUGUUAACCUCAAGAACAUAUUUGGYGCCAUCAUCGUAUUGGCGGCCGUGUGCUGGAGCAGUAUGAAUGCAGCCAGGGUGUUUGUUGCCAUGUUCGGAAACUCCGAUCAGAAGUAUUUAAUGGCUUAUCCGUGUGCAAUCAUCUGUGGUUUAUACACACUGUUUAUUUUGUAUUGAAAUUAUUAAUGUUCAUUAAUUUAAAUGUUACUUGUAAUUAUUAUAA